CUCGCUUCCGCUUCGGGAGUGUGGCUCGUUCGGUGAGGGGAGGAGGAGAAGUAUAAGGGGUGGGAGCGGCCCUGUUUUUCCUUCCUUCGGACGCGCGCGCGCUGCUUUCGGGCGGGAAAAGGGCUGAGUGGCUCGAGCUGACCACCCGAUAUUAGAGCGGCCCUCCUUUGAGGAGCCGGCGGGGAGCGAAGGAGUGUGAGGCGCUGAGUGCUCCCCCUUCCAUUUUCUUUCCUCUUCUUCGUCUGCCUCCCGCAGCUCCGGGGUGGGGCCGGCAGAGCCAGCGGGCGGGGCCGGGCAAGGAAAGGCAAGGGGGCGAUGCCGACUCAGCGCGAGAGCGGCAGCAACAGCGGCGGCGGGAACACCAUGUCUCACCCGGGCCUCGGAGGCGGCGGCGGCGGCGUCCCUGGGGGUCUGGGUGGCCCCACUGGGGAAAGCGCCCAUCAGGUCCGCGUCAAGGCUUAUUAUAAGGGGGACAUUAUGAUAACCUAUUUUGAACCUUCCAUCUCCUUUGAGGGAUUGUGUAAUGAAGUUCGAGACAUGUGCGCCUUUGAUAAUGAACAGCUUUUUACGAUGAAGUGGAUCGACGAAGAAGGGGAUCCAUGUACCGUUUCUUCUCAGCUGGAACUGGAAGAAGCUUUUCGAUUGUAUGAAUUAAACAAGGAUUCCGAACUCCUAAUACAUGUGUUUCCUUGUGUACCAGAAAGGCCUGGAAUGCCCUGUCCCGGAGAAGAUAAGUCUAUUUAUCGUCGAGGUGCACGACGAUGGCGAAAACUCUAUUGUGCAAAUGGUCAUACUUUCCAAGCCAAGCGAUUCAAUAGGAGAGCCCAUUGUGCCAUCUGUACUGACAGGAUUUGGGGACUGGGGCGCCAGGGAUAUAAAUGCAUCAAUUGCAAACUCCUUGUUCACAAAAAAUGUCACAAACUUGUUACCAUAGAAUGUGGUCGACACACACUACCACCAGAGACUAUGGAUCACUCAUCAGUGCAUCCUGAUAACAUGGAACCAGUGAUUCCUUAUCAUCCUUCAAGUCAUGAAAGUUUGGACCAUGUUGGCGAAGAAAAGGAGGCAACAAGUGUUAGAGAAAGUGGUAAAAUAUCUUCUAGUCUGGGUCUCCAAGAUUUUGAUCUACUUCGAGUUAUAGGGAGAGGAAGUUAUGCAAAAGUACUUCUGGUUCGGUUAAAGAAGACAGAGCGCAUUUAUGCAAUGAAAGUUGUGAAAAAAGAACUAGUCAAUGAUGAUGAGGAUAUUGAUUGGGUUCAGACAGAAAAACAUGUCUUUGAGCAGGCUUCAAAUCAUCCUUUUCUUGUUGGUCUUCACUCUUGUUUCCAGACAGAAAGCAGACUAUUUUUUGUUAUAGAGUAUGUAAAUGGAGGGGAUCUCAUGUUUCAUAUGCAGCGCCAAAGGAAAUUGCCAGAAGAGCAUGCAAGGUUUUACUCGGCAGAGAUCAGUUUAGCAUUAAACUACCUUCAUGAAAGAGGAAUAAUUUAUAGGGACUUGAAACUUGAUAAUGUGUUGCUGGAUUCUGAGGGACAUAUCAAACUGACUGACUAUGGGAUGUGCAAGGAAGGAUUAAGGCCUGGAGACACAACCAGCACUUUUUGUGGCACUCCUAACUACAUUGCUCCUGAGAUCUUGCGCGGAGAAGAUUAUGGAUUUAGCGUGGACUGGUGGGCUUUAGGUGUCCUGAUGUUUGAAAUGAUGGCAGGCAGAUCACCGUUUGAUAUUGUUGGAAGCUCUGAUAAUCCUGAUCAAAAUACAGAAGACUAUCUUUUCCAAGUUAUUCUAGAGAAGCAAAUCCGUAUCCCACGAUCCCUUUCUGUAAAAGCAGCAAGUGUUCUAAAAAGCUUUCUUAACAAGGAUCCAAAAGAACGUUUAGGUUGCCAUCCUCAAACAGGGUUUGCAGACAUUCAGGGACAUCCAUUUUUUCGUAACGUUGAUUGGGAUCUGAUGGAACAGAAACAAGUGGUACCUCCAUUUAAACCAAACAUAUCUGGAGAAUUUGGUCUGGACAACUUUGAUUCCCAAUUCACUAAUGAGCCUGUUCAACUUACUCCUGAUGAUGAUGACAUUGUAAAGAAGAUUGACCAGUCUGAAUUUGAAGGCUUUGAAUAUAUCAAUCCCCUUCUGAUGUCUGCUGAGGAAUGUGUCUGAUCUCCCACGUCUGAACUGUGUCCUCUUAUUGACACAUUUUUCUGCAUGGAUGAACAGUUUUCUGUUGGGAUGUAAUUGAGAAAAUGCAUUUACCUUUGUCAUUUGCCAUCAAGUAUGAACUAUUCACUAAUCUGUUAUAAGCUGGAUGCUGUUUAUUAGAACGUUAAAGGAAUCCGAAAUGUUAAAACAGAUUUUGCCAAAGUUGAACUCAUAACACAGAGGCAACCAUUUGCCUACAGGCUUCCUUAUGUGAAGUAGAGGAUGUUGCCAGCUGUUCUCCUUGAAAUAUAAUGCAGCUCUGGGUUCAAAGUAGUUUAGUUAAAGAGCACCUGAUCACAUUAAGUGAAAUUAACACAUCCAGGUCACCUGUCUUCAGUUUCACAUGUGACUGUUGCUAGAGCAAACUAAAAUUAAUAUAGGUAUGCUCCCAAAUUCACUUGGAGAACCCUGAUUAAACCUGAGUUCUCAGAUGUAAUUAAGAAGUGUACUCAAGUUGAUGAUGAACUCCUAAUGUGUUAUGCUGAAACCAUACAAAGGGUAGCAUGGAAAUUUACAUACACUGCCACAGCCCUCUUCCAAUCCAUGUAUCUUCAGCAUUCAGUGUGAACUGGACUUGCAUUUUUAUCUUCUGUGUUUUAGAACUGCAAUCCUGUGCACACUUGAAAACAACCUUUGUUGAAUUUGUUGGAAUUUAACUUCUGAGGCAUAGGAUCAUGCUCUAAUAUUUGCCAUUUCUUCAGGAUUGUAUUUAAAGCCUUGUUACUUCCUUAGACUUGAUGAAAGUGGCACAGCAUUUACUUUAAGGUUGACAGAGCCAAGGAAAAUAAAUGAUUCCUUGGUAAUGGAGACCAUGGCUCUCUUUAAAGAGGAUUUUGCUCUCAAACACCAUGUAGUAGGUUUGACUCCAAAUUUUUUUUCAUUGGUGAACUAAAGUUCUUUGGUACACAUCCUUGUUAUGUAAAUGAGUGCCUUCUUAAGUCUGUCCUUUUAGAAAGGGCUAAUAUAAUGUAUGGUAUCAGUUGAAAUUAGAAUUAAUAGGGAGGGGUGUUUUUUUGAAGUAUUUAGCACGAAUAGGCAGCUAAAGUUAACAAAAAAUACCUAAUGGCACCAUCUUCAUUGUCUUGUAUCUUCUGAUUAGGUAGACCAGAAAUUAUUUUCAUUAUAGAUUUAGAAGGCUAGUAGUCUCAUACAGCAUCUAUACAGUUUGAAAAGCAUUACACUAUACUACUACAAAAGGACCCCUCUACUAAUGUGAUUAGAGAAGUUGUGUUACACUCAUGACCCUAUACAUUCAGAUCUAAGAUGUCUGCAAAGGUUUUCUGUAUGGAUUAAUAUCCAGUAGUCAGUGCAGGAAUAAAUACAAAUUCAAAUCAGCUAGGUCACUGAAGAUGCAAGUUCUAAAGGUCUGUAUAUAAUUAAUAUAAUGGUGUACCAAGAAAAACAUGCAUGCUUCAUCUUAAAAGUCAAGCUGGCUGGAAAUUUUGCUUGAUUUUUAAAUGCUUGUAAAGAGAAGGGAUUUUCAAAGUGUUUUAGAUAAUGUAGAAAUAUGGACCUAACUGAAUAAUAGUCCAAAACCAAGCACAUUCUAGUUAGUCUUCUGUGAUGUUAAUUAUUCUCUCUGCCAUUGUGAACUUAAUCUAUGGUACAUUAAGGCAAAAAAUGCCUAUUUGAAUAGUAUGCAUUAUCUUCAUUGUACUUUUCAAACACUGACAUGUUGAAGAAGAUGAAUUAAUCCACCCUUGGUACUUAGCCUUACUUCUUGAUUAAGCUCAUGUCAGUUGCAGGGUAUGUCUAAGAACACUUAGCUAUGUUUAGACCUGAUUAGUAAUUUAUGAGUUUAAAUUCUUGAUGGGGGUGGGGAAAUGUCUGUGCGUGGUAUAACAUAGUGAGUAAUCCAAACCCAAAUCUGCCGGGAUGAAUAGUGUUUGGAAUAGAUGGAUCUCCUGCUGAGCUGGCUGAGCCUGGGCUCUGCUGUGGCUACACCAGCUGAAGUCCCUCACCCUGAUAUGCUAGUGUAAGUCCUCCUCCAUCCUGGCUCAGCCAAAGCAAGGGGCUGAAAAAGGUGCAGGGCAGGGGUAGACCCCUAUUCCAAACUCCAUUCAGCUCAGUCAUGUGACCUAGCAAUCCAGUGGAAGUUACACUGGCAAAAAGGAUAGUGUAAGUCAAACUCUUAUUUUAAAAGCUUGUUUUCUUUGUCAAGCUCUGUUCAGCUCAGCUGACAGUAGCCUCACUCCUGAAUGGAGUUUGGAAUAAGGAUAAAUUACACUGGCAUAACUUAACCUGGUGUAAUUUACACUGGCUUCCUGCAGUUUGGAUUGCUGUGCCCAACAGCCAUCUUAUUACAUAGCUCUUGCACUUACUUCUCAAAGUCCUUUUCUUAAAGUGUCUGAAAUGAGGCCACUAAUAGUGGCUUCAAUUCAUAAGCUUCAUGGUACAAAAUGACUUUAUAUAAAAGGUACGUUCUCUGACUCACAAAUUGUGGAGUAAGUGGAAUUCUCAUCUCCGAGACUUUUCUGCUCCUAAGCACAAAAGCAGUAAAAUUUCAGAUGUUACAAUAUGUUUCCUGCCCACUUUGUAUAUAUGUGUAAUAUAUAUUUCAUCUUAUAGUGUCAACUUUAACAAAGAUUUGAGUGACAUUAAAAGCAAACGUCAAGUUUUUGUUUUAUUCAUGUUUUCAGACAAGUGCCAUGGUAUUAAGUUAAUUUUUUAAAAAACCAUUUUGUUAAAGGCUGUCUUAAAAUAUUGAACAGGGAAGUCAGACAUGGACAGCGAAUGCAUGAUGUUGUGAAGUAACAUUUUAGUAUAAAAAUUGGACUAAAUGGGUGCUUCCAUCUUGUACUGUGUUUUUCCAUUUUGCAGUCUUGUAUUGUGUAAUUUCCUCUUGUAUUUCUGCACAUUUUUUUACUUUCCAUUGUAAGUUUAAAAAUUAAAAAGAGCAGAGCUUUU